UGCACUACUUGCGUGGAAGGGGAGAUCUAGGACUGGCUCAAGAGGUGCGUGAAAGAGGGGGAAAAUUGAAUGGAACACGUGGGGAUGUGGGAGUGACCGACGGACUCAGUGACGCAGUGACGCGAAGGAGGCGGGACUUCCAUUGACAGUGGGGCGGAGCUUGCUCCUCCUCCUGCACCCUCCUGCUGUGUGUCAAACAGUCGGGCGCUGCGCUCCCCCAGCUAAACCCCCGACCGGGCAGGGUGUGCAGUGCGGUGCGGGGGGUGCGCGCGACACGCGGGGUCUCCCUCGGGCAGCCAGCCGGCCUUUCUGCGCGCGCUUGAGAGCCUCGUCUUGAGCCCCAGGACCAACAACGCAGUCCCCCACUCCUUCCCCGUGCCCCUUCUCCUCGGAGGCCGCGGGGGUACCGGGGCUGGCGGGGCCCCGAGAGUAUGUGAGGUCCAGUUCUGACCCACAGAAUGGUUCCGGGUUUAGAGUUCACAGGUCAGAGUUGACUCCCUGAAAAAUGCAGCUGGUUUGAAAUGCAAGAUGGCGGCGGCAGCGGGGCCGUGAGGAGAGCCCGAGCCCGCGGCGGCGGCGGCGGCGGCUACGGCGGGGACCCCGGCACCGAGGAGCCGGCGGCGGCGGCGGCGGCCCCUCCAGGAAAAGGUGCAUGGCUAAUUUGGCGUUUGUAGUUAGUAAUGGCUUGAGCUAAACUCCUCUAACUGGAAGGCAUUCCCUACUUCUUCGAAGGAUAGAGUACUGGAGAAAAUAUGGCAAGUGAUUGGAUGUUUGCUUCAAAUGUUACAGCAAUUCAGCUUUGCAACUACCAAGAACAAGCUCUUUUCUUGAUUGCACUAUGAAAAAGUUGCAAAUGGGAUGGACUUACAGAACCAAAAGCCAUUUUCUUCAAAUGAAGAUAACUAAAGGAGUUUGAUCUUCAUUGCUUUCUAAUUACAGUUGAGAUUUUCCCCACGGAAAUAGAAUGGCAAGCAAAAGAAAAUCAACAACACCUUGCAUGGUCCUUGCUAGUGAACAGGAUCCGGACCUAGAAUUGAUAUCAGACUUGGAUGAAGGUCCCCCUGUACUUACACCAAUAGAAAAUGCAACAGCAGAAAGUAUCUCAAGUGAUGAAGAUGUUCAGGAACUUACAGAGUCUGACAAUCAACAAAAUAAAAAAGUUGAAGGUGGCUAUGAAUGUAAAUAUUGUACUUUUCAAACGCCAGAUCUUAACAUGUUUACCUUUCAUGUAGAUUCAGAGCAUCCCAAUAUAGUAUUAAAUUCAUCUUAUGUUUGUGUUGAAUGCAAUUUUCUUACCAAAAGAUACGAUGCGCUUUCUGAACAUAAUUUAAAAUAUCAUCCAGGAGAAGAGAAUUUUAAGCUGACUAUGGUGAAACGAAAUAAUCAGACAAUCUUUGAGCAAACAAUUAAUGAUCUGACUUUUGAUGGUAGUUUUGUUAAAGAGGAGAAUUCAGAUCAGAUAGAAUCUAUAGAAACUUCCUCAUCAGGGAUUUCUAUCAGCAAAACUCCUAUAAUGAAAAUGAUGAAAAACAAAGUAGAGAAUAAACGGAUUGCAGUUUUCCAUAACUCUGAAGACAUUCCAGAAGAGAAAGAGAAUGAAAUAAAAUCAGGUCAUGAAGAAGCAGUAAAAAAUCCAACUUCAUCAGCAUCUGAAUCUAAUACAAGUACUUCUGUUGUAAAUAGUAUACAUCCAAAUACCACAAACACAGUAGUUACCCCAGCAACAGUUCUUCAACCUGGGCUAGCACAGGUGAUAACAGCAGCUGUAUCAGCUCAGCAGAAUUCUAACUUGAUUCCUAAAGUUUUAAUCCCUCUUAACAGCAUUCCUACCUAUAAUGCUGCUUUGGAUAACAAUCCUCUUUUGCUCAACACCUACAACAAAUUUCCUUAUCCAACAAUGUCUGAAAUAACAGUUCUAUCUGCUCAAGCAAAAUAUACAGAAGAACAGAUCAAGAUAUGGUUUUCAGCACAACGCCUUAAACAUGGUGUUAGUUGGACUCCAGAAGAAGUAGAAGAGGCAAGGAGAAAACAAUUCAAUGGUACAGUACAUACUGUACCACAAACAAUAACAGUGAUUCCUACACAUAUUUCAGCAGCUAGUAAUGGUUUACCUUCCAUUUUACAGACAUGCCAAAUAGUUGGUCAACCAGGUCUGGUCCUUACACAAGUAGCGGGCACUAACCAAUUGCCAGUAACAACACCUAUAGCCUUGACAGUUGCAGGAGUUUCAAAUCAAACUCAUAUGCAAAAAAGUCAGGUGCACAGUGCUCAGCCUACUGCAGAAACAAAGCCAGUAGCUGCAACUCCAGCACCAGCCCCAACUCCAGCACCAGCACCAGCAUCAGCAUCAGCACCAGCUCCAGCUCCAGCCCCAGCCCCAGCCCCAGCCCCAGCCCCAGCCCCAACCCCAGCCCCAACCUCAGCCCCAACUCCAGCUCCAGCCCCAGUCCCAGUUCCAAUCCCAGCCCCAGUCCCAGCUCCAGCUUCAGCCCCAGCUCUAGCUCCAGCUCCAGCUUCAGCUCUAGCUCCAGCUCCAGCUCCAGCUCCAGCUCCAACUCCAACUCCAACUCCAACUCCUCAGUUAAUCAAGCACGAAACUGCAUUGGUGAAUCCUGAUUCAUUUGGAAUCCGGGCAAAAAAGACAAAAGAACAGCUGGCAGAAUUAAAGGUUAGCUACCUUAAAAAUCAGUUUCCUCAUGACUCAGAGGUGAUCAGGCUUAUGAAAAUAACAGGCCUGACUAAAGGUGAGAUCAAAAAGUGGUUUAGUGAUACGAGAUAUAAUCAGAGAAAUUCCAAGAGUAAUCAGUGUAUCCAUCUCAACAGUGAAGCUUGUACCCCGAUCAUUAUAGACUCUAGUGAUGAGACUGCAGAAUCUCCAACAGUUGUUGUUCCACAGCCUAAACAGCCAGGCAAUUCUUUCCCUGACUUUACUCCACAAAAAUUUAAAGAGAAAACUUCUGAGCAGCUGCGUGUCCUCCAAGCAAGUUUCCUCAAUAAUCCUGUACUUACUGAUGAAGAAUUGAACAGGUUAAGAGCACAAACCAAACUUACCAGAAGAGAAAUUGAUGCCUGGUUUACAGAAAGAAAGAAAUCCAAAGCUUCAAAGGAAGAGAAAGCAGAAAUAGAGGAAAGCAAUGCAGGCAGUUCUAAAGAAGAAGCUGGAGAAGAAGCCUCUCCUCAGGAUGAAUCUGCAGCCCCUAAGUCAGUGACCACCACAAACAAAGUGUGUAAAAAAUCACCAGAGCAGUUGCACAUACUUAAAAGUGCAUUUGUUCGAACACAGUGGCCAUCACCAGAAGAAUAUGACAAACUGGCUGAGGAAAGUGGGCUUGCUAGAACAGAUAUUGUUAGUUGGUUUGGAGAUACACGAUAUGCUUGGAAAAAUGGGAAUUUAAAAUGGUACUAUUAUUAUCAGAGUGCCAGUUCAAAUAGUAUGAAUGGACAGGCUUCCUUUAGGAGAAGGGGAAGAGGAAGACCAAAGGGAAGAGGAAGGGGAAGACCUCGUGGGCGGCCUAGAGGAAGCAAAAGGAUAAACAACUGGGAUCGAGGACCAUCACUCAUAAAAUUUAAAACUGGAACUGCAAUACUUAAGGAUUAUUACGUGAAGCACAAAUUUCUUAAUGAGCAAGACCUUGAUGAACUUGUUGCCAAAUCACACAUGGGUUAUGAGCAGGUCAGAGAGUGGUUUGCAGAAAGACAAAGGAGAUCUGAGUUAGGAAUAGAGCUGUUUGAGGAGAAUGAAGAAGAUGAUGAGAUAAUAGAUGAUCAGGAAGAAGAUGAUGAAGAAACAGAUGACAGUGAUACCUGGGAACCCCCUCGGCAUGUUAAGCGGAAACUCUCUAAAUCAGAUGAUUAAAAUGAAAGAAUUCAAAAACGAAAACUAAAAAGAAGGGGAAAAGUAUAUCCGAAGGAAAGAAUAACUACAGGGGUGAGGAUUGCUCAGUUUUAGGAAACUAGGUGAAAAUUUUUGUUCUCUUAUUUCAGAACCUUAUUUUGAACUUUGUUGUUUCUACCCUCACUAAACUUAUUAAGCCUUUAGUUAAGAUUUUAUUAAAAUGUUCCAUAUAGUAAGAGUAGUCAUUUGUUCAAUUAAAAGCCAACAAACCUAUUCCAUUUCAUAUCAGAAUUCAUGUUUAAUUAGGUGGUUGUUUUGUUUUUUUUUCUUUAUAGCUGUCCUUGUCUUAGAAAUGAAGCAUUUGCAAUUCUUCUUUAAAAGGGAUCUCCAGAGUGCCAGGCUAAAAGUAUCUCAUAAAAAAAGCUCACACUUAUAUAAUGUGUAGCAGUUCAUAGUAUUUUUCUUGUGAAGAUUCUGAGAGGUAAAGGACUUAAUAUUAUUCCCACAUUACAGAUGAGAUUGAGGCUUGCAAAUGUUGAACCACGUGGGAGAUUACAGAGCUGAAACUUGUGCCAGCCUUUUGAUUCCAGUGAUUUUUUUCAUCUUACCUCCCCAAAUGAAAGCUUUGCUUAGAUUAGGAACUCAAGAUUGAAAGACUUUCAAUUUUUUAAAGUCUGGCCCUUUUCCCAAAUUUUUAUUUCUGUCCAAAAUUCAGUUGUUUGUAACUUUUCUGUAGUUUUAAGUUUUAAAGUUAAUUUCAGGUUAGAAAUAUAGAUUAUUAAAGGUUGUUUGUCACUGUCAAUAUUCAUCCUUAGAGUUAUUUUAGAUUUUUAGAAGUUCUGGGGUUUUUCCUUAGUAGUUUGCAACAUUUUGUUUAUUUCAAAGAUAGAAAUGCAGUUUAAAAAAUGAUACAUCAAUCAUAAAAUAUGUUAGGGUAUCAGUAUCAAGGAUUAUGGUGGGACAUUUACAAAAAGUAACAUUAUGCUGUCUGAUUAUAUUGUAAUGUUCUCAAAAUAAAAUGGGAGAGGAAAAACAUCCUUUUUUUCCACUUUUGUGCACAUGAUACAUAAAUACAUAAUUGUCUCUUUCCUCACCCAUUCUUCCAAAUCUAUAACUUUCUUCUCUUUGUUUACGCUUGCCUUUUACAUUAUCCCUAAGUUCACAAGCAUUUGAUCUACUGAAUGGUCCCUUUUCUAGUUUUUAAAAUUUAACAUAUUUGUAAUCAUGAAAACAGAUGAAACUAAAAAUGCAACUACUUUAUUGCAAUUCCAUUUUUGAUUAUAAAGUAUAACAUAACCAUUAUACGUCAUAACUUAAGAAUUUUGGGUAGAUUACUCCUAAAGUUCCCUUUGUCUUUUUAUAGUCUCAGAAAUAUUUAAGUUAUCCUUUUUUUGACUCACGUACACAAAGUGUUUUAAACAGGAUUUCUUUCCUCAUUAUUUCUUAAAAAGACAAAAUAUAUAUGCAGCCAAAAUAAAUCAGCAGAAUUGCUGCUAUGUUGAUUUCUUUAUCUUAGAUACCUUGAUGGCCCUUUUGGGGACAUUGAAAUCUACUAAAAACAUGAAACUCUUUGCACUAUUCUAAAGUGUGAUAUUAUUUUAACAAGUUUGCAUGGGCAGUAUUUAUAUUACAUAGUAAAUAUUAUACUAAUUUUGGUUAGUAAAUUCACAUAACGAUCCUACAAUUUAAAAAAAAAACUCAUGUAUAUUGUACAUGCAUAUUGUGUCAUGUAGAUAGGAUAUCUUUCUUCUAAGAUAAAUCUGGAUUUAAAAAACAGAUUAUAAUUUUAAAAAGACCCAUCACAACUUUUUUUCAGAUAGCCAACUCUGUUAAUGCAUUUAAAAUAUGAGUUAAUUUUACCAGAGGCAUAAAAGAAAAUACACUUGUAUAUACCUAUAUAUGUAUGUGUGUUUGUAUACACAUACGUUAGCCUUGCAAAUAAAAAAGCAUACAAGUCCCUGUACCCCACAAUGCCCCCCCUGUUUCUAUAUACACAUUUUUAUAGAAAUAGGUCUCUGUGUGUGUGUGUGUGUAACACACACACACACACACAGACCUAUUUCUAUCACAAAGUCACUAAGCAUGUAAGUAAAUAGGAGCUAUUUUUUUAAAUUAAGCAUCUUUGAUAAAUUAUUGGAGGCCCUAAGUUAAAAGAUAUCAUAUGCAAGGCUUAUGUAUAGUUUAUGCAUAUACCAGUUACACGUGUAAUCAUGCAUGUAAUUUCAGUAAUAAUAAGAAUAAAGAAUGUAUAUUCGCUUUUAGUUAACUUUUCCUGUAGUUAAUUAUGUCUAAAGUGCUUUUAGUAAAAUUCAGAUGUGGUUCUAACUAACAUUUUUUUCUUAAUUUUUUCAGUCUCAUGUUUUUCCUUUAUAGUUACCUACAGUGGUGAAGGGGACUCAAUUCUUGAAAUCAAGAUAUCUGAUUUACUGUGAAUGGGCCUAAACUUUUAUGAAACUGAGAAUAUUUUUGGACAUAUACACAUUCUCAUAACAUAGGAUUGAAUACUCGAAAGGAAUGGAACUUAGUGUUGUGCCAAAGUUAAAACUACUGCAGUUGGCGGAAGUUCUGCAUUGUAAAUAGAACACUGAUUAAAAAACAACUUGUAAAAAUUCAGGUUUUAAUACAGUACAUUUUUAUUCUGAUACAGGAUGGAAACAUUCUGUUUCUUAGGCUUUUUUUUUUUUUUGAGGUAAUUAAGUGACCACUAGAUUUUGUCCUCUUAUAAUUUUGUCCCGCUUAAUACUGUAUGUUCUAGUAAGAUGGGCUUUAUUGCCCGUGUUCUUUGAUAUGUGAUUAAGCUUAUAGCUUUGAGUGACCAAACAUUUUACAGAGUAAAAGUUCUUAGAAACAGUUAAAAAAAAAAGCUGAUAUUUCUGUGUCUUAUUUAUCAGGCCCUACAUUAAUGUUGAAAGUUGUGCAUGUGCUUGUACAACUUAUACAUAAAUGAAAAUGCAGCAUAUUUAUACAUUUUGAAACCCUAAGCCACCAGGUCUAUGUCAUUAGCUUUUUCAAGUGGAAGACAUCAUUGGAUGCUACUAUUAAUAUCUGUAAUAAUUCUGUUUCUGCUUUAAUAAAAGGCUGAUUUUGCUUUUCAUUAAACUGAAUAAAAUGAUGUACUGAAUAAGGGGAAAAGCUGGCAUAAGAAUUUACAGAGAGAAUCUCUGAAAUAAACUUUGUACCAAAAAUGUGAAAAAGAAUUAUGUAGUAAAUAUAUGUUUAAUGAGUGUUUUUAACACUAAUGUAAAAUAAUGUACAGAUAAUGCAUCAGUUCAGAAUUUUCUAGAACUCCCAGUCAGGUUCUACCUUCUAUAACAAUUUCAGUGGCUGUAGAAAAAAUUCCUAAACUAAUAAGUAUCAUUAGCCAUUUAAAAACUAGCUUUUGCUUGCUAGUUAUUGUAGUCUUAUUAACAACUGUUUUGCCAUAUCAGGAAACUGAAAGUUCAUAUUAACUUAUUUGCAAAGACUGGUGCUUUUCAUUCCUAUUUAGGGGGACACUUCUUUUGUUUGUGAAUAUAGGACCAUUUUUAAAAAUAUCUUUCUUCAUGGAAAAAACUUGUUUUUUGUUCUUAAAUUGCUUUUCAGAGUGACCAGAUCUAGUGGGCUUGACUAGUUUGUUUCACUUAAUGAAUGAUGAAUAUUAAGUUUUUGAUUUUUACCUAAAAACUUGUCAACUACAAGAAAAUUAUGGAAGAUCUUAGAUAUGCAUGCUGCUUUUGUUUUUAUGAAUGGUUAUUUUUUAUUUUUUAAAUACAGCCUUAUAAGUAUUUCCAAAAUACUACAAUUUAGUUGAUCUAUUCACUACAGACAGGCCUUGUGGGUGGCUUUUUUCAUACUACUGUUAACUUUUAUUUUUACGAUGUAAAGACUGCAGCAAUUUAAUGCACUAUUUUUUUCACUUUUUAAUAACUUCAUAGAGCACUCUGUAAACUGUAAUAAUUAAAUUGCUUCUUUUUUUUAACCUUUGCUAUAUGUAGUCUGAGUUCUGUUUGAUAGCAGAUUUUUUUAAAUGUUUUCAGUUGCUGCAAUUAGUUGUGUUUCAAGUAUUGUACAAUUUAAGCCUUUGAAUAUAUUUGUUGUGUUUCCAUUUCAAUAAUGUUAAUUCCAUAUAGUUGUAAAUAAUUGCUAGUUAUUUUUUCCAGCCCCAUAUCCUUUACAGGCUCAACAUUUGAUACUGCUCUGAUGUUUGCUAGCUUUUAAAAAUAAUUAUUUUGACAGAGCAAAAAAAAAAAAAAAUCACCUAGCCAAAAUGUGUCUAAAUCCAUAAUAAAAAUCAGCAGUCAAGUUA